UAAAAUGGAGGAUGACCCAUUUGCAGAUCUAAAGGUAGAUUCUCAGUCCUUUCUCGAUGUAAUGGAUGGCCGUACGUCUUGUCCUAAGUGUGGCAAAUCCAGAAAAUACUAUUGCUAUACCUGUUAUGUGCCUGUUGUUGGCAUAGAGCACAAGAUUCCCAAGGUCAAGCUACCAUUCAAAAUUGAUAUCAUUAAACACCCCAGUGAAUGUGAUGGAAAAAGUACUUCUGGUCAUGCAAGAGUUAUUGCCCCUGAUGAUGUGACCAUCUACACAUAUCCAUGCAUUCCUGACUACCUAGAUCGAGACCGGGUGGUGCUGUUAUUUCCUGGGGAUGGAUCCAUUAACAUGGCAGCAUUGGCUGAGAAGUUUUCUCCUCCUUCAUACAAUAAUAAGAAGGAAGACAAAAGUAAGGUAGACAGUGGUAGCUGUGUGGCACAAACAGAUGAGUUGUAUCCAUACUGUAAAAGAUCCCCAUCCAAUGGAGAUCAGCACACUUGUACUGAAGUUUACAAUGACAUUUUGUCUUCACCUGACAGAGAAUCAGUGGUAGACCAUGAACAUGACCAAACAAGUACAGAAUCAUUAUGUGAUAGCACAUCACUUGCCAAUACAGACAUUACUUGCCAGAAAAAUGAGAAUUCUGCAAGCAAGAAAAGAAAACACUUAGUAGAUAACAAGGAAGUUAAAAGGUCAAAGUUAAUGACUGAGAAUACAAAAAGGUUAGAGGUCAAGCCUCCAUUUGACAAAGUAAUAAUUAUUGACAGUACAUGGAAUCAGACGAAGAGGAUCAGCUCAGAUGAGCGACUCAGAGGCCUUACCUGUUUGGAGCUGAAGACGAGACACAGUAACUUUUGGAGACACCAGAAAGACCUUCCACCAACAUACCUAUCCACAAUUGAAGCUAUCUACUAUUUUGUAAGAGAUUACCAUGACAUCUUCUUGGCAAGUGAAAAGUAUGAUGGCAGAUAUGAUAACCUGCUUUUCUUUUUCACGUUUAUGUACAAUAAAAUAAAAAAUAUGUAUGAUGGUGGAAAAAACUUGAAGGCUUACAGGCAAAGGGUAGAGAAAUCAAAGAGCAAAGUGUGAAUGUGAUAUUAGUAUUUUUGAAAAGGGCUGCUGUGUAGAUGUUCCAGAAUAUUGUUUGAGAAAUGUUAAAUGAAUAAAAACUUGUAUAUGUCUAUAA